UUAUGUGUAGUACUGUACGUAAACCAGUAUGUGGGUGAGGCUAAUUUUUUUAUUUUUUAUUUCAUUUUUCUAAAUAGUUGUAUUAGGAUAUUGACUAAAAUAAUUGAAUAAAAUAUUUGGGAAAAAUGUGGUAGAGUAAAUAAUGAAGAUUUUAUUAUUUUCCAAAUAAAUUUUCAAACCUACUUUUUUUAAGAUUGAAAAUAUUCUUCAUCAUCAUAUAAUUAUAGGGAUUUUGUUAGCCCAUGGACACACGUUAGAAAAACCGUUCCUAAAUAGAGAAAUUAAACAUUAACUACGCCGACUACAUGCCAUGAUGAUCUCAUUUUGUCAUGUAUACCAAUUUAGAAUAAGUUAUUAAAUGCUUGCAGGUUAGCAUAAUCUCUAUCAUUUAUACUGCCCCUUUUAUUUAGCACAAUUUAGGCAGUUUAUAUCACACCAACCCCUUUUAUUCUAACAAUCACAUUCACCAGCUUAGUACUGUCCAUUCUGAGUUGUUCGUUUAUGAACAUUUAUAUCCAUAUAAAAUUUCAGAGAUCCCUUAAACACGGCCACAACUAUUCUUCUUCACUCCUAGCCUCCGUCCCCUUCCCUUCGGCUUGCGCGCACGCACUAGCUGGCUUUCUCCGAACGAAAUUGCCUUCUCUGUUUGUGAUCAAUUGAUCAUAAGGUCCGACCGAAAGGUGUAUGAAUAAUUCUGCAACAAAUAAAAAAAACUCGAAUUGUGAAUCCAUCGGUAUAAAUGAAGCAAACACGAGGGACAGAGAAACUAUGUUUUGCCUUCAUGUUAGUUGUUGCCGUCCAAAUUUCUCUAUUGCUCAUAUUUAGAAUUACCUCACCAACAAACCAAGGGAAGGAGGCAUUGGCAUCAAAAACAAGCAACGGUUCAUUGCCAAGCUCAUGGGCAUUAAUCCAAUCACUACAAGGUGAACCUAUCAUAUGUGACCGAACCCAUGACAACUAUGAUUGGUGUUUCCUCAACCGUCCAACCAUACUAGACUCUAAUUCAACAACAUUUUACAGCAUUGGAUCACAACACUCCCAAAACUCAACUACUAAGCCUACAAUAAUGGAGAAAGUUCGUCCAUACCCUCGAAAAUGGGAGAAUUUCACCAUGUCACUAGUAAGUGAAAUUACUCUUACAACUUCGUCAAUUGAUAAACCUUGUGAGAUCUAUCAUGAAUCCCCGGCCUUAGUAUUCAGUGUUAGUGGUUAUACCGGUAACUUCUUCCAUGAUUUUAACGACGGUAUUAUACCUCUCUAUGUAACCAUCAGCACCCUUUUCCCUGACCAAGAUGUCACUCUUGUUAUCGCGGAUUUUACCAAUUGGUGGUAUAGCAAGUAUGAGGUCUUAUUAAGAGCCUUCACAAAACAUGGUAUUGUGAACCUUGCCAACCAAACAUCCACUCAUUGCUUCCCCUCCGCCGCAGUAGGACUCAUAUCACAUGGUCCGAUGACCAUACUACCUAAUGAUCACCCGUUCCAUAAGUCAUCAUUUCUCGAGUUUCGUUCCUUGCUAGAGAUUGCUUAUAGCAAAUGUCAUGCUACACCACCACCCCCUUUGAAGGAGGGCAAGCCUAGGCUUGUGUUUAUGAGCCGUGCAGGAAAAGUGGGUCGCGUAAUUUUGAACCAACACGAAAUAAUUAAGGCCGCGGACAAGGCAGGAUUUGAUGUUGUAUUAUUUCAACCAACAAAAUUUACAUAUUUGUGUGAUGCAUAUAGACUCAUCAACGGAAGUCAUGGAAUGAUAGGAGUGCAUGGUGCUGCCCUAACACACUCACUCUUCCUUCGACCGGGAUCGGUGCUCAUCCAGAUCGUGCCACUUGGCAACGAGUGGUUGGCGGAUUCAUACUUCAAGAAUUUGGCAAAUAGUUUGAAAUUUGAGUAUGUAGAAUACAUGAUAAGGGCUAAGGAGAGUAGCUUGGCUGAGAAAUAUGGGUUAAAUCAUACAAUUGUAACAAAUCCGAAUUUAAUUAUUAGAGGAAAUUGGUCUGCUUUAGAUAGCAUAUACCUCAAGGGGCAAGAUGUUACGUUGGAUUUAAAUAGGUUUAGGACGUAUAUAGAAAUUGCAUAUUCAAAAGCUAAGAGGUUUAUAGACUAAAGUGGCUAGACUAAAUUAUUAACUGAUCAUAAGCCAAUUUAUAGUACACAAGUUCUUCUCUUCCAUUGAAUUUUUAGCUACAAAUUUAUAAAAAUUUUGUCAUGGGAGAUUUUAAUGAUGCAAACAUUCACCAUUUACCACCCAUUCAUUUCAUGUGUUUUUUUUUUCAAGGUCAAAUUUCAUCAAUGUUGAUUA